AGGCGUUAACAGACGAAAAAAAUGUCACCGAACAUUCAUUUCGUGAAAAAAAUGUUACCGGACAUUCAAUUCGCAAAAAAAAUGUCACCAGACAUUCAAUUCACGAAAAAAAUGUCACCGGACAUUCAUUUUACGAAAAAAACAUCACCAGAUGUUCAAUUCACGAAAAAAAUGUCACCAAACGUUCAUUUCGCAGAAAAUAUGUCUUUGGACGUUCAUUUUGCAGAAAAACGUCUUUGAAAGAAUGGAGAGAU